CCCCACUCGGCAGUAUACGUAAAGUCAGUGACGGGAGCGGACGCAUUCUCAGACCUGCUCCCUCGCUGAUCGGUUGUUUUUUUGUUGUCGAAAAAGGAACGUUGCCACCAACGCUGUACGCAAUUUCUAUAUUUUAUUUGAGUGUCUUUGUGUAUUCCGCUCAAGUGGUUCCUUGACAAUCACGAAGCAAGAAGUGAAGCCUGUCUUUAAGGUGCUGUCGGAUACUGUUCUUAAAACGCACACGCUCCGGUCUGUUGUUGUUGUGCGUGUGUUAGCCGUGUUGUGCGCGCGUGUACCUGGGAAUAAUACACCUUAAUCAUACGUACAGCAUUCCUGACCCCGUACACAGAAUUCAGCCAGGAGACUGAAGCUUUUUUAUGGAGAGAGAACCCGUGGGAGCAAGAUGGGGAAGGUCAACAAUAAAGGUUCAGUGGUGUCUCAGAGAAGAAGAUUUCUGAAGGCCUCAUCCGGAGUGGGUGGAAAGAAAGGCCGUGGGUCGUCCAAGGUUUCCCUCCCCCCACCGCCGCCCUCACAGUCCCUCGUCUUAGAUGAGGACUCCGGCUUUGGCGGUGACCAGUCCCUAGACUCGGAGUCGUCGCUACUCUCGUCCCCGGGGAGUGCCACCUUGAGCCCCAACAGUGCCACUUCUGCGGCCGCUGCCACUGCUUCUGCUGCUGUCGCUGCUACCGCGUCCGCCGCCACUCUGCCAUCGGUCUUGCCGUCGCUCACCAUGGUCCCUCAGACGAAACUGUUGCUAGUCAGUUUGUUGCAAGGUGGUGGAGUCGUGCAGGGUACACCAACCAGCCAGAAAAGCCCAGGGAAUGUUGCGGUCGGGGCUUAUCCCCCCACAACGCAACCCACCAUCAGUAAUGGCACCAGCCAAACGGGGAACACCCAUGGUGCAGUGACGACCAGUGGUGCAGACAAGGAGUGGAACACCUCCCACAGUGUACGGCCCUUGCUGGCCGCAGCCUCCCUCAGCCACGGGGGUUCCUCUGUCACUGAUGAUGUUGUAUCUGAGCUGCCAGCAGCCAGCACCACCACCACCUUCCCCUCCAACUGCCCCCCCACCGGGCCUGUGGCACUUGGAAAUGCAGGCCAUAAGGUGGUGGAGAGCAAGGUCACCGUUAAUGGCAAGAGGCUGCACGUUGAUAUCAAUGGCGACGAGGCUCAGGAGCUCCCGGCCAGCAAGGGGACCAGUAGCACGCCGCCUAUCCCCCCUCUCAUCUCCUUCAGGGACGUGUCCCUCCUCUCCUCAAUUCAGGCGUUCCAGGGCAAUAAUACCUCCACAUCACUGCUAUGUGUGGAUGGAACCCCUCAGCCAUGUAGCCGUAACACCAAGGUCCUGAGACAAACCAUAUCUCAGGGAAACCCUCCUCUGACCGCACAGUUGUCAUCGCUGUCCUCUGACGGCAAGGUGGAGCUGAGUUUGGUCUUGCAGCCGGAGGAACAGCACCGGGCUAGAUACCAGACGGAGGGAUCUAGAGGUGCUGUUAAGGAUAGGUCUGGAUUGGGCCAUCCCACUGUGAAGCUUUUUGGGUACAAUAAGGCCACCACGCUCCAGGUGUUUGUUGGGUCAGACUCAGGAAAGACAGGGCCACACAUGUUCUACCAGGUGUGCCGUGUUAGUGGUAAGAAUUCCACACCAUGCAAGGAGAGGAGAAUUGAUGGCACUGCAAUCAUUGAGGCACAGUUGGAGCCAGAAAAUGACAUGACAAUGAGUUGUGACUGUGUCGGCAUCCUGAAGGAGAGAAAUGUGGAUGUGGAGCACAGAUUCAAAGCCGUUGUUUCGAGAGGCCGCAAGAAGAGUACCAAGUGUCGCCUUGUGUUCCGUACCUGCAUUACCCUCAGCAAUGGUGCUCAAGAAACACUGCAAGUUGUCUCGCAGCCAAUUGCAUGUACUCAACCCCCCGGUGUACCUGAGAUCUCACGCAAGUCCCUGGAAAAGUGCCCCGUGACGGGUGGGGAGGAGAUGUUCAUCUUUGGGAAGAACUUCUUGAAGGACACCGUUGUCACUUUCCAACAAAAUGGUGCCAAAUCCCAGCCGAUAUGGGAGGAGAAAGUCAGCCCUGAUCCGGAGACUCUCCAGCCUAUCCACCUGAUUGUGACAGUGCCCAAGUAUUAUGACCAGAACAUCACGGAAGAGGUGACUGUGCAGAUGCUGGUGUCAUCAGGUGGUAAAGUGUCGGAGCCCCACUCCCUGACCUAUUAUCCGCUGGUGACCAAGAAGGAACUGCCACCUCCAGAGCCAUUGGAAGAGAAGACUCUACCUAAAGGAGUUUCUCCUAGUGCCUUGCAACUGAAUCUCCAGUAUGCGGAAACAAGAUCGUUGCCUGUGCUGAUGCCAGAAGCUCCAGGUCCAGCUGUGGUCUCUCAGAGCUCACCUAUCAAGAUUUCUCAAGCCUCCACAUCCACUGUUCCUGGCCAGGCUGUCAUGCAGCAAACAAUGCGUGUAUCACGGUUCCCUGUCAACUCUGCUGCUGGCAAAAAGCCGAUAACCAGGCCCCAGAGGUCCUCAGCACGCAUCCCGAAGACAAAGGUGUCCCCUGGCAGAACCUCCAUGUUGGGGGGAGGUGUGUCAGCUCAGUCAGAGUCGGUGAUAAACUCUGUCCCGAGUGCCGAGAGCAACGACCCGGAUGUUAAGGAGGAGGAGACGUACAUAGACGAGAAUGGCUCCAAGAUGACCCUGCAGAAGCAGUCGGUUCAAGGCACAGUCAGCCUAGAGAGCUUGGUGGAGAUGCUGAAGAUUGCACUCUCCCUGCCAUCAGGAUCCAAUCUGCACACCUCUGUUCUGCAGCUGGUGGAAGAGCUGGUGAAGUCCAUGAAGGAGAACAUCUCAUCACCUGGAUGUGCCAAGACCCCAGAGGAGACUGGCGAAAAGAGCUCUGGAGUGUCAGCCACUUCUCAGAGAAUUUCUGCUGCACUUCCAGUGUCAGCCACACACUGUCUUUCAAGUCUUUUGACUGCCAAGACACAAAAAUCCACUGGAGUGAGUCCCAUUGUUCCCAUGGUGCCCAAGAGCACCUGUGCCCCCACAGUGAUGCCUCCCUCGACUGCCAUGACUUCAACUGUGUCCCCGACUGUCAGUCUCUUACCUUUCACAGUGUUGUCAUCAGUGCCAUCACUGCACACAGUCAGCUCAGGCCCGAGAGUGGCCCGUGUGGCUCCCAUCACAUCAAUGACACCUGUUGCUUCCACCACGGUGGUCUCCUCUCCAGGACUCGCAAGAACAGUUCGUGUAUGUGUGGGAGAGACUCCAAUCAGUCAGGAGCCACCAAAAAAGAAGAUGCGUGACCAAAUUGUCCCCAUGGAAUACCAGUACAUGCAGGGAGCAGGUAUUAACUGCAGUCUGCCUACGACUAUUGUAUCACAAGCUGCAGAGAGGGCUGACUUUGCAUCCAUUGUGUCUGCACCACAGCAAAAGGUGGUGGUGAGCCAGUGCAACCCCCUGGUUACACCCAUUUGUACAAAUACCUCUGGCAAUACUCCUGACAGUAACAUUGGCACUUCUGCUUCUCAGACCAUUUUCAAUACUUCUCCAGUUCAAAACAGUUCUAUCAUUAACCAAGUGAUAAAUGUAGACCAGCCAAUUGGAAACUCAACACAGCAAGCAGUGUAUCAGCCCAUCAAUCAAGGUCUAAUGCAGACAUUCAAUGAAUCGGCCAACCAGCAUGUCAACCAGCCUAUGGCCAUGGAUGUAACACAAACACUGAUGCCAACACAGACCCAGGCAUGCCAGCCACCAACACAUCAUGCAACACAGAAUGUCUCUCAAGCUGAAGCUGACACAGGAUCAAAGAUAGUAGCCCAGCACACCAACCAACAGCAGCCUCUGAAUGGGUCUCCUGCCAUGCCUGUUGUGGUCUCGGAUCCUUUGCUGUCACAGUCGACAGGUCUGUGCCAGCUGAUGCCAACACAGGUGGUUGUGACAGCCACCACAACCUCCCAUCAAGCACCCAUGAUCACCACAGUGCCAGUUGCCUCAUCAGCACUGACAAGAUCAGACCCACUUCUGUCACAGUCGAGCCCAGUGGCACCAAUGCAACUUGGAACGACCACUGUCCCUGCAACCAGUCAGAGUCAACAGACAGACAAUAGAAGCCAGGGGGAAGUACUUCUGAAUCAUAAUGCAACAACCACACAAGCGACAAUGCAGAAUGAAGUCAGUUCAGCUAUCAACCUCUCAGAAACUGAACUUCUGAAUUACUUUGAUCCAAAUUGCUUUGACAAUGUGUGAAGCUGCUUGCUUGAAACGUGCAUAAUUAAUUGGAGAGCAGCCCCUUGGCCAGUGGCCUGACUUUUAAAGGGACCACAGUCUCCAGCAACCUGCAGCCCAACUGCUUCUGGUGUGGGUUGGGUUGGAGGACCUUUCCAGCAGGCUUGACAGCUCAAAGGAGGAUUGACGUCCAGCCUGUUUCAAAAAUGUUGAGGCUUGCUGUGUUCUCAACUGUACACAGUAACCAAUGACAAUACUGGUGUGUUUUCAGUGGAUGAUUAAUGAAUGUUUAUGGCAAUAUUGUGGACCAAUUAAUAAAGAUGUUCAGGUCCUGUGUAAACAGAGAUUGUAUGAUGGAUACCAGACUGAAGACUAAAACAUUUCUGAUGCUGAUAGGUUAGAACCAAAUUGGUGUAAGAUAUGCACUAAAUAAGUUUACGGUAAUUAGUGUAAUUCAGAAUGCAACUUUUAAAAGAAUGAUAAAUGGUAGUCCACUGCAGCCUGAUCACACCUAAAUAGUCUAAUCUGUUUGUUUGUUUUUAGAAGUUUUGAGAAAGGAGUUUAUAGGUUCAGGUAUUAAACUCUCUCUAGAAACUCUAGUUUAUUUAGAACACACAUGAAUGGCUUUUAAGGUUUUAAGGGUUUAUACUGUUAUUUAGAAGACUUAGGUUAAGCCCACAUUAAGCAUUGUUAUUUGAGAUUUUUGGUUGUAACACAGUGUUUCUCUUUCUUGUGUUCAGCCAAGAAAGUCUUGAUUUUCUGGUACUUUCGUUCUUUUCCCUAUCGGUGACUUUAUUUUUUUUUUCUCCUUUUAUUUAUUCAUUGAUAUUCAAUGUGACUUAAAUUAGGCAUAGUAUAUGAACUAAUUUAUUUGAUAACUACAUGCUCAAAAUGAGAAAUGACAGCCUCAUUUGUUGUAUCGAGAUUCGUUAAGAAUUUCACCUUUGUUUGUUGUUAGCUGUAAGAGCAAGAUCCAAACAGUGUAGUCUUGUGGCGUUUUAUGUCAUGUGUCUUCUUAGUUUGGAUUCCCUUUUCUCUUUCCUUUCUUUGCAAGUCUCUUUCUCUCAUCUCUUUCUGUUUUCUUUAUUAACGAUCAUUAUCAGUUUCCUCAAUUUUUCUUCUUUUAUGACUUAUCACUCUUCUUCCAUUUUGUCCUCUUCCCUUCGUUUCAAAAGAAGCUUUGGUUGGCAUUUAUGAGAGUAUGUGUUGUCAAUCGUUCUGCCUGGUCACGGAAAUUGCUUAGGAUUGCACGAUCAACACUUGUGCUUGUGGCUUAAUAAACUUAAAAGAUAAGAAAUAAAUGAGUACUAUGAUUUGAGUACUUGUGAUUUGUACAUAGUUCUAUACUUCAAAAUUAUGUCACAUAUAUAUAUAUAUAUGAAUAUAUAUAUAUAAAUAUAUUGUUAUAUGCAAACUUGUGUUUGUAAUCAGAAUUAAAAGUAGCUAUAUAUUUGAUUAUUAGUUAAGCUAAAUAAGAGUUAUAAUUAUUAUAUUGUACUUAAUUAAGUCUUGUUUCUUUUCUUUUCAUUUAUUUUCAAAGACAUCACUGUUUGUUAUUUAGCAAGAGUAUUUUCAAAAGUACUGAGAGUCAGCUACAUAUAUUUAGUUUUAAGUAUAUUUUACUAUAGAAUUGCCAUAAUUGUAUGUUAACCCAAUCCUUGUUUAGGUUAAGAAGUGGAAAUCUCACCCUGUCUUGUAAUUUGCAUAUAUAUGUAUGUAUCCACAGGUGCAUAUAUAUGUAUGACUUAGUCCACUGUAAAUGUGUCAGUGCUAACCAUUGAUGAUUCUACACUGCAUUGAGGGUUUGGUUCAGUGGAAAUUUCAGCCCACAACUCCAUUACUGUCUUGAGUCACUAAGAAGGGGCAGUACAAAUUAAUGUUUGUGCAAUAUCUUUUAGAUGUUCAUUUCUUUGCUCUGUACAUAAUGACAUCUGUUGCCAAAGUUGUUAGUAAAUAGGCUGAUUGAAGUGUACCUUUGAAUAACUGUUUUCUUAGGAGAAAUUCUGUUGCAGAAGAAUAUGUGCUAUUGAACAAGGACUUUAUGGCUUAGCAUGUGUAAAUUAGAGAGCCAACUUGCUGUAAAUGCUACUAAUGAGUAUUAUUUUUCCAUAUUUACCCCAGAAGUGCUUAUUUUGAUACAUGAUGCAAUUUCAUCACUAUCCAGAGAUGACAGUUGGAUCUUGAGUGUGCUGGUAUUAAAUACAAUUUAGCUGGUACAAUUCUUUUCAUGCUUUUCUUUCUCCAGAAUCUUUAUUUUGAUACGUCGAAGGUCCCCCCAAACGACGACAACUUCUGCGCUCUCUAAGAUAAAGACUUUCCAGUAGAUCAGCAGCGUUUUCUUUGCAAGGGCAUAAGGAGGGACUUGAAUGUUUUUUGAUCUUCCUGUCCAUUUUUGUUGAAACAUUUCUUGAAAAUGGAAAGAAAAUGAGAACAGCCCCUUUUUACUUCUCUCUUUUGAGAUAUACGAAACGGAAUUGCUAAUUAGACGAGACUGGUCCCUCCAUUGAAAUAUUUUUCAAACUCGUGUCCCUUGAUGAAGGAUACACUUCAUAAAUGCUGGGAUGUGAGGGUUAGAAGGUUAUUUUUAUCAGAAAGACAAUUAUUGUUGCUACCAACUGCAUUUUCAUGGAAGUUAAAAAUAUCUUUGGUUUUGGUCAAAAGACAGACAAUAGAAAAGGCGUGGUACUCUUUCCUUUUUUUUUUUAUUUUGCUUACAGUUUUAUAUGUAUACAGUUUUUUCUCAAGCUUUUCUGCAAUGGGGAAGCUGGGAAGUAUAUAUAUGUGGACCAACCUAUUUCUAAUAUUCAUCAGUAUUUGUGCUCAUCUUCAUGGUUUCGAUGGAAGACCUCACAGUAUUCAUUUAAUGUUGUGCGGUCAUGUCUUUAGGGAACAUGAUUAAUUUAACCAGAUUUAACAGAUUCUCUCAUCCUUGUAGAUGGGGUUCUACUCGACCUCUUCGUAUGUUUAGAAACUGCCAGUAUAUUGUAGGCAAUUGAAGAGUAGCAUGUAUUUUCCAUGUCUUACAAAUUCAAUCGAAUAUUUAAUUUUUUGGCAUUUUCAACAUUUUGACAGUAGCAUAUUUUCAUAUACUUUUGUAUGGACUAGUAUGGUCAAAGGCUUUUGAAAGCCAUGUUUUAUAGUACACAAGGCAAGAAUGUAAUGGAUGGAUACUGUCACUGUUUGAGGGAAUGUUGAUUCAUGGAAACUGUAUUAUACUGUAAAAGCAUUUUAUUACAGUGACAGAACAUACCAUUGUCAAAGUAAGCAAAGGAGUCAAGUAAGCAGAUUUUAAAUGUUGACAUUGCUGUGUUAAUGCUGAACACCAAUGUCAGGACAGCUGAGGCAACAGGACCAUUGAGUUGGGAACAAUUUAACUUUCUGUGUAAAAAAACAAAAACAAAAAAAAUUUAGCUCAAAUGUUCAUAGUCAUUGAGGUUCUAUAUAAAUAUAAUAACAUCCCUUUAGCUUAAUGAAGGCCCAUGAUACAGCACCAGCAAAUUUGAGAGAAUGAUAUGUACAUGGUGUCUGCACAAUCCAGUUACCCUUUGUUUAAACGUUCACAGUCAGAUAGUCACAACAUGCUUGUGAUUGCAUUCUUACGUAAAGAGAUUGCUGGAUGAUUGUUACGUCACUGAGCAGUCUCAAUUCUAGUGCUACAAAGUUCAGGUGUAUUUCGAAGGCAGUAUUUAAUGUAACUAUGAUAGUUUUGAUAUCCUGUUCACUCUUACUAAGCUUUGCUUUUGUGCUAAAGGAUAAACAGGUAAAUAGGUGCCGAGACAAUAUUCUUUAUGUGAUUCUAGAAAUUUUUACAGGACAUGAAUAUCAGCUAUACAUAGGAAUGCAUUCAGUAUAGUCAUGAAGCUUGUACAAUUAUGUAUUUGGAACAAUAUGCUGCAUCAAUUUAUUUUUGCCAGAAAUUAGGUAAUAGGACAUACAAAGACACCAUGAACACAUCAGUUUGUGAAUUAAUUCUUUAAAAAAAAUAUUGAAAGAAGUAGAUGCUCAUUUUUCAUCUUUAAUUUUUCUUUCUUUUGUUUUUAUAACAUAUAUUUUUUUAAUAUGUAUAACUUUUGCUUUCCUGGGCACUCCCAUUUGGAUUGUGUUGUGGACCAAAACAGUAGUUGUAGUGUCUUCAUGAACAAUAAAAAGAUUAACAGUUAAUUUCCAGCAGAGUUAAUUUUAAGAAGACAUUAGUAUUAUUUUGUAAAUUCAUUGAAGGCACUGCUUUUCUAAGCUUCUGUUGGUAGUUUCUAUUCAACCAUGCAUAAAUGGCUUUACAGAUAUUGGAUUUGUGCAUUAUAAUUAAUAAAGAAAUGGUUAUAUA